AGUUAGUGGCAGAAGUGUUAGAAGGAUGCACUCUCUACUUGUCUAAGAUAUAACCGAAAGAAACACGGUGACCCAGGAUAAUUAGCUGUGCGAGCCUGAUUAUAUAUUCUUAAAGUAAAGAAAAUCUCGAAGAUUUCAGUUGAACAUUGUAUACUGUGGAUCGGAUAUGUUUUUGGGAAGGUCAUCUAACAGUUUGAUGCUUUUGUACGCUUCUUAAAAGUCACUGGAUUUGAUUGUGUUCAGCACUGGACAAUUUUGGAGAGCAUUUCAAAAAACAAAUAUUGUUUCCUGUUCAAGAAAUUCUUCACUGAUCUCAUAUGUGGGGAACAAAGUAAGGGUCAAGAGCAUGAGUCGCACAAGUGAUCGAUCAAUCGCAAUGUUUGGUGACAAGAGGACAAAAGUCCAAAAGACUAUGUGGAGGCCUGUUAAUGCCCUGUCACAUUCACCUGAAGGAAAAAAGAAUGAGGAUACCAACGUCCAUAUCAAAAUAACACAGAGGGAGAACAGUUCAGUGGCAAAUGCUAAACAUUGGAUUGUUGUAAAUGACAACAGAAAACCUUCAGAUAGUAACAUUGCUAGCAAUUUAGACAUCGAAAACUCAAACCAAGAUCUUGAGACUAAGAGUGAAACAAAACCUAUAAAAUCAUUUAUCGCAGUGAAACAUAUAAAAUCUGAAGAUUCAGUGAAAUGCAUAAAACCAAAUCAAGAGAGUCUAGCUAUAGAGCCAAUUAUCCUCACUAAUCCUGAAGAUAUUUCCAGCAGUGAACAGGAGGUGUCUCUUGCCCAGUCUGAAGCUUCAGUAAAAAGUGUACAGAAAAGCCAUAGGGGUGUGAUUAUGGAGGUAAUUACCUCAGACCAUAAAGAUUUUGUAGAGAAUAAGAAGCAGAAAAUAGAAGAAGAUAUAGAUUCCACAAUUUUGCAAAAUUGCACAGCUGCAGAAGAGUCUGUUGAGACUUCGAGGCUCUCAAGUACAAUUAAGGUUGAUGCUGCUUUGUUACGCUUUGUGAAAGGAAAAGGAGGGAAAGUGCAGCAGAAAAUAGAGGAGACAACAGGUGUAAAAAUUAGCUUCAAAUCGACCAAAGAUGAGAGUGCUGUUGUUCUGGAUGGACCAUCCAGUGAAAGUGUAAACAUAGCUACAACAAUAAUUCAAAAAAUGCUUGAUGAGGCUGUUAAAGGUCGGAAUCUCCAGUAUUCUCACUUUAUCUCUUUACCAUUGGCUGUUCAUCCAGCGCUUGUAGAAAAGCUUACUAACUUCCAAACCUCUAUUCUUGCAUUAAGUGGCUAUGGUGGGAAAGAGGUUAUUGAUUCUGAAAGUUCUUCAACUGCUGAAUCAUCUGAGGAUGAUGGCGAAGAAGUUUGUAAAGUUGAGACUAGUGCACAUCCAGCAGAUAAAAUUUCUGAUGUAAAAGAAGCUGUUGCAGUCAAGUUCAAUAUUGAGGAUGAAAAUGCUGUUGUCAAGUCAGGAUUGAAGGAAGUUUCCUCUGGAGGUGCCAAAUCAAAUUCACAAGCAAAGAAAAAUUUGGGGAUUGACAAGUCAAUUUUCAUAAAGCCAGCAAUGUUCCACUUGACAGUUCUUAUGCUGAAGCUUUGGAAUAAGGAACGAGUAGCUGUAGCAGCUGAAGUUUUGCAAAAAGUUUCUUCCCAAUUGAAGGAGGCGUUAGAAGAUUGUCCUGUUGCUGUGAGCUUGAAGGGUUUGGAGAUCAUGAGAGGAAAGCCAGCAAAAGCUCAUGUUUUGUAUGCUCCAGUGGAAGAAGUUGGGGGUGGAGAUUGCCUGCAACGAGCUUGUCGAGUCAUAAUUGAUGCUUUUGUAGAAGCAGGACUUGUGAUGGAAAAGGAUGCUACUAGUGCUUUGAAGUUACAUGCGACACUGAUGAAUACCAGCCAUAGAAAAAUGAAAAAGUCCAAAAGAGACAGAAGGAAUCUUCCCUUUGAUGCUCGGCCUGUUAUGGAACUUUAUGGUUCUGAAAAUUGGGGUCAAUAUGUCAUUCAUGAAGCUCAUUUAUCUCAACGAUUUAAAUAUGAUGACAAUGGAUAUUAUCACUGUUGCUCAUCAAUUCCCUUUCCAAAAGUUAAUAUAAGUGGUGAUGAUACUUAUGAGACUACCAAGGAAAUUGCGGAGACAAUUGCUCAGGAAAUGAGUGAAGCAUGUGGAAAGGAAGAUGAUGCAGACACUAAAGAGGAAAUCAAUCAAGAGUCUGCUGGAUCAACAGCCAAGGAGGAUGCCAAAGGGACUGAUAUGAGGGCCAUAUGAAAGGGUAUCAUACGCAUGAUAGUCAAGAGAAGAUGGUGAAUUUUUUGACUUAAACGUAGUGGUAUUUCUUUUUUUAGUUAAUGAACUGAUUCAACCAUCCUAGACUAAUUCUGGAGCCUUUUGACUUUCUAUACAACAAAAAAGGUCAUGGUAAUGGCCUUGAAUUCAUAGGUAGUAUCACAGUUUGAUGUUUUUGGGCGGUUUUAUUGUCUUUCUUGAAGCAGAUAAUUGUCAAAAAAAAUUUAAAUACCCCUUGUGGGAUAAAUUUACCUUGGUUGGCACAAUUGAGGGGUGUCUCAUUUAUUAAAUUUACCAAGGACAUACACUAAGCCUUGUAAGUUGGGGUACACCACACAUGAUCAGCUGGAUGCGGUGUUUCACUUAAUUUCAACACAUUAUCAUGUUUCCUGCAGAUUUGAAUCGAUACUUCUACUUUAGAAACCCCAAUACAUUUAUCACUUGAGCUCAUUCCAUUUAACACUCAAUUUGGGAUUUAUUCAAAACGUUAAGAUUUUGUUAAUAAUCCCAUAUUUACAAAAGUCUUGUAAUGUAUGUUCUUACUUAAACUUGUCAUUAAUGAAAUGAAUGCACUGAGUCCUAUCCAAAUCUUUUAUAAUACAGCUAUGCUUGAUUUC